AAGUCCAACUGCAAACUCGCCUGCCUAGGUGUGUAGCUCUCACAAAUGGCCUCUUCUAGGGGAAAGGUGGAUCUGGCCUCACCAGAACUUUUCAGGGAAACUUAACUGUCCCCAGUCUACCCCACUGAAUUGAGAGCAUUUUGUGAUUACCAGAUUGAGAAGAACAAGGAUAUUAGCAGGUAUAUACUAUUUCACAGCUGUACCGUCUCGUCACAACUUUGCCAGGAGCCUUGACAUCAAAUCCUUGAUUAUUGGAACCAUGCUUUAAAAUUCCUGGGACCCCAAAUUGUCUGGUUAGCAGAAACUGAAGAGGGCAAUCUGAGUGGUCAGGCCUGGAGAAAAUCCCCCACAAAAUUGCUGAAGAAAUGGCUCUUAUGAAGCUAAGUGACAGGAUGUCUCUGCAGAUGAAGACAGUUGGAAAGGAACAACAGUUUACUGAGAAAAACAAUGGCUUUCUCCAAAAUACGGAUGUGGCUGAAGGUGCAAUGCAGAAUUUGCAGAGGGAAUUUACCAAAAUGGACCGCAUAUUGGACAGAUCAGAUGAUGAGAACAACAUUUUCUCUGAAAAGCCUCAAAGUGACUUCCAUCAUGUGACAGAGACUACAAAAUGGAAUAUGCCGGAGCUGGGUGCUGAGCAUCACCAGGACCUGCAGAACGAGCAGGAUGAGCAAGAAACAAAUCAGGUUCAACAUGAGGAUCCUCAAGUGCCCACAUCUUUGCAGUUUUCAGAGGAGAGCAUCCCUGAACUGAGUCAGGAGAACACGCUCUUCCAGCUAAACCACUGGAAUAUACAGAUGGGUUUACAAGUGAGAGAACUUGGAGCUGAUCACAUAGACUGGAUGGAGAAAAUGAACAAUAUUAUGCAAAAAAUAAACCUAACAGAAAACACAGUGAAGAGCUUAUUAAAUGAGGUGGUGUCCCUGGAGGGCCACAUUGAAAAGCUGGAGUCACAAAAGGACUUUGACCCUGAUAAGGGGGCAAACAUUGAGGAGAAGAUCAUGGAAAUUAAGAAGCAAUUAGAAGAAAUGGAUAACAAAUGUGUCCAGGAAGAUGCUUGUAAUGAAGCUCAUGCAUUAAAGGAGAAACUCAUUGCAAGAAUAAAGAACUUUUACAAAGACAUGACUCUGCUGAAUACAAAGCUGGGGAUGUACCAAAAGCAAGAAGGGAAAACAGACUCUCAGAGUCCUGAAGAAAUGGGAGUGGAAGAAAGAGAACCUCUGCAUCCUCAGGCUCCAUCCCCCCCUUUAGGGGAGAAUGCUCCUUCUGGCAUUACAAUGUGGAAACGUGCACUGAGGAUUUUCAUCAUGUUUUAUGUCCUCACCUUCACUGGACUUUCAUGUUACAUACUAUUUUUUGAUGCUACGUUUAUCUUUGAAAGCCUGCUCCCCACAAUGCUUGGGCACCGCAGAAUGUGGGAACUACGGGAGAUCAUCAGGCCUUUCUUGAACUUGCAAGCGGAAGACUUGUUACCCUCCUAAAGAUAUAGAAGUUACUGUUACCCUACUGACUUUCUCCUUAAUAAAAUUCUGGCUGUUCUUGUA